CGAUGAUUAAGUCCUUUAAGCACCGAUUUGGGCGGAUUUAUUCCGGGUCAAUUUUUGGCAGAUUCACAAGGGGUACCAUCACAGAUUUCUUGCGAUUUAUCCGAAAUGCCAUUUUCUUUCGAUUCUGGAGGCUACAUAUCAAAAAAUCAUGCCGAGGUUAUUCUCCUCCUAUAAUGAAGUCUAUUGAUCCUAUUCUCCACGAAUGAUAAGUCCGUUAAGCAUCGAUUUGGGCCAAUUUAUUUUCGGAUGGCAUUUUCGUAAUUUCUUGGGGCGACGAAAGGCCAUUUUCUUUGGAUAUUGAAGGCUACAGAUCACGGAUUCGGCCUGAGGCUAUUCUCCAACGAUGAUUGAGUCCAUUAAGCAUCGAUUUGGGCGGAUUUAUUCUGGGUCAAUUUUUGGCAGAUUCCAAAGGGGUACCAUCACAGAUUUCGGGCGAUUUAUCCGAAAUGCCAUUUUCUUUCGAUUCUGGAGGCUACAGAUCACGGAAUCAGGCCGAAGUUAUUCUCCACCGAUACUGAAGUCUAUUGAUCCUAUUCUCCACGAAUGAUAAGUCCCUUAAGCAUCGAUUUGGGCCAAUUUAUUUUCGGAUGGCAUUUUCGUAAUUUCGUGGGGCAACGAAAGGCCAUUUUCUUUGGAUAUUGAAGGCUACAGAUCACGGAUUCGGCCUGAGGCUAUUCUCCAGCGAUGAUUGAGUCCAUUAAGCAUCGAUUUGGGCGGAUUUAUUCCGGGUCAAUUUUUGGCAGAUUCCAAAGGGGUACCAUCACAGAUUUCGGGCGAUUUAUCCGAAAUGCCAUUUUCUUUCGAUUCUUGAAGCUACAGAUCACGGAAUCAGGCCGAGGCUAUUCUCCACCGAUAAUUAAGUCUAUUGAUCCUAUUCUCCACGAAUGAUAAGUCCGUUAAGCAUCGAUUUGUGCCAAUUUAUUUUCGGAUGGCAUUUUCGUAAUUUCUUGGGCGACGAAAGGCCAUUUUCUUUGGAUAUUGAAGGCUACAGAUCACGGAUUCGGCCUGAGGCUAUUUUCCGACGAUGAUUGAGUCCAUUAAUCACCGAUUUGGGCGGGUUUAUUCCGGGUCAAUUUUUGGCAGAUUCCAAAGGGGUAGCAUCACAGAUUUCGGGCGAUUUAUCCAAAAUGCCAUUUUCUUUCGAUUCUGGAGGCUACAGAUCACGGAAUCAGGCCAAGGCUAUUCUCCACCGAUAAUGAAGUCUAUUGAUCCUAUUCUCCACGAAUGAUAAGUCCGUUAAGCAUCGAUUUGAGCCAAUUUAUUUUCGGAUGGCAUUUUCGUAAUUUCUUGAGCGACGAAAGGCCAUUUUCAUUGGAUAUUGGAGGCUACAGAUCACGGAUUCGGCCUGAGGGUAUUCUCCAACAAUGAUUGAGUACAUUAAGCACUGAUUUGGGCGGGUUUAUUUCGGGUCAAUUUUUGGCAGAUUCGAAAGGGGGUACCAUCACAGAUUUCGGGCGAUUUAUCCGAAAUGCCAUUUUCUUUAGAUUCUGGAGACUACAGAUCAUGGAAUCAGGCCGAGGCUAUUCUCCACCGAUAAUGAAGUCUAUUGAUCCUAUUCUCCACGAAUGAUAAGUCCGUUAAGCAUCGAUUUGGGCCAAUUUAUUUUCGGAUGGCAUUUUCGUAAUUUCUUGGGUGACGAAAGGCCAUUUUCUUUGGAUAUUGAAGGCUACAGAUCAAGGAUUCAGCCUGAGGCUAUUCUCCAACGAUGAUUGAGUCCAUUAAGCACCGAUUUGGGCGGGUUUAUUCCGGGUCAAUUUUUGGUAGAUUCCAAAGGGGUACCAUCACAGAUUUCGGGCGAUUUAUCCGAAAUGCCAUUUUCUUUCGAUUCUGGAGGCUACAGAUCACGGAAUCUGGCCGAGGCUAUUCUCCACCAAGAAUGAAGUCUAUUGAUCCUAUUCUCCACGAAUGAUAAGUCCGUUAAGCAUCGAUUUGGGCCAAUUUAUUUUCGGAUGGCAUUUUCGUAAUUUCUUGGGCGACGAAAGGCCAUUUUCUUUGGAUAUUGAAGGCUACAGAUCACGGAUUCGGCCUGAGGCUAUUCUCCAGCGAUGAUUGAGUCCAUUAAGCAUCGAUUUGGGCGGAUUUAUUCCGGGUCAAUUUUUGGCAGAUUCCAAAGGGGUACCAUCACAGAUUUCGGGCGAUUUAUCCGAAAUGCCAUUUUCUUUCGAUUCUUGAAGCUACAGAUCACGGAAUUAGGCCGAGGCUAUUCUCCACCGAUAAUGAAGUCUAUUGAUCCUAUUCUCCACGAAUGAUAAGUCCGUUAAGCAUCGAUUUGGGCCAAUUUAUUUUCGGAUGGCAUUUUCGUAAUUUCUUGGGCGACGAAAGGCCAUUUUCUUUGGAUAUUGAAGGCUACAGAUCACGGAUUCGGCCUGAGGCUAUUUUCCGACGAUGAUUGAGUCCAUUAAUCACCGAUUUGGGCGGGUUUAUUCCGGGUCAAUUUUUGGCAGAUUCCAAAGGGGUAGCAUCACAGAUUUCGGGCGAUUUAUCCGAAAUGCCAUUUUCUUUCGAUUCUGGAGGCUACAGAUCACGGAAUCAGGCCAAGGCUAUUCUCCACCGAUAAUGAAGUCUAUUGAUCCUAUUCUCCACGAAUGAUAAGUCCGUUAAGCAUCGAUUUGGGCCAAUUUAUUUUCGGAUGGCAUUUUCGUAAUUUCUUGGGCGACGAAAGGCCAUUUUCAUUGGAUAUUGGAGGCUACAGAUCACGGAUUCGGCCUGAGGGUAUUCUCCAACAAUGAUUGAGUACAUUAAGCACUGAUUUGGGCGGGUUUAUUUCGGGUCAAUUUUUGGCAGAUUCGAAAGGGGGUACCAUCACAGAUUUCCUGCGAUUUAUCCGAAAUGCCAUUUUCUAUAGAUUCUGGAGACUACAGAUCAUGGAAUCAGGCCGAAGCUAUUCUCCACCGAUAAUGAAGUCUAUUGAUCCUAUUCUCCACGAAUGAUAAGUCCGUUAAGCAUCGAUUUGGGCCAAUUUAUUUUCGGAUGGCAUUUUCGUAAUUUCUUGGGGGACGAAAGGCCAUUUUCUUUGGAUAUUAAAGGCUACAGAUCAAGGAUUCAGCCUGAGGCUAUUCUCCAACGAUGAUUGAGUCCAUUAAGCACCGAUUUGGGCGGGUUUAUUCCGGGUCAAUUUUUGGUAGAUUCCAAAGGGGUACCAUCACAGAUUUCGGGCGAUUUAUCCGAAAUGCCAUUUUCUUUCGAUUCUGGAGGCUACAGAUCACGGAAUCUGGCCGAGGCUAUUCUCCACCAAGAAUGAAGUCUAUUGAUCCUAUUCUCCACGAAUGAUAAGUCCGUUAAGCAUCGUUUUGGGCCAAUUUAUUUUCGGAUGGCAUUUUCGUAAUUUCUUGGGCGACGAAAGGCCAUUUUCUUUGGAUAUUGAAGGCUACAGAUCACGGAUUCGGCCUGAGGCUAUUCUCCAACCAUGAUUGAGUCCAUUAAGCACCGAUUUGGGCGGGUUUAUUCCGGGUCAAUUUUUGGCAGAUUCCAAAGGGGUACCAUCACAUAUUUCAGGCGAUUUAUCCGAAAUGCCAUUUUCUUUCGAUUCUGGAGGCUACAGAUCACGGAAUCAGGCCGAAGCUAUUCUCCACCGAUAAUGAAGUCUAUUGAUCCUA